CCUGAUCCGACGGCCGUGUGACUCGCAGCGGUUUGGAAUGGAGGGCUGCAGCGAGCCUCAGCUGGAUGCCAAGUCCAAGGUCGCCAACCAGUGAUGAAAUCUAAAACCACCCGAUCACCCAGUGUUUAUGCCAGUGGAAGGCUGCAGGCUGAGGAUCCUGGUGAAGAAGGAAACUGGAAUGGUUCCCAUCUUGUAGAUUUUCAGUGGAAACUGGGGAUGGCGGUGAGCUCAGACAGUUGCAGAUCUCUUAAGUAUCCUUACGUUGCAGUGUUGCUCAAAGUGGCAGAUCAUUCAGGCCAAGUGAAGAAUAAAUCCUUUGAAAUGACAAUUCCACAGUUUCAGAAUUUCUACAGACAGUUCAAGGAAAUUGCUGCAGUUAUUGAAACUGUGUGAAAACUGAUGACUUGCUUGAUAAAUUAUGGCUAUUAUUCUAAAAUUAUGGGCUGCACUUUCUGUAACAAAACUGUAUAUGGAUCAAAUGAUAUUUAUUGAAUGAAAAUUGUACUUUUGUUUUUACAUUUUUUUAAUAAUAAACAAAUCAUACAGACAGGAA